GAGAUUUCAUUCAGUCUACAGCUCUUCCCCAGCAAGGCGGCCAACCACAGUUUCUAGUGGGCUUCGUUGUUUGCUUCCCAGACGAGGAUGAAGACAGUCCAGUUUUGCUUCCUUUUCUGUUGCUGGAAAGCAAUCUGCUGCAACAGCUGUGAGCUGACCAACAUCACCAUUGCAAUAGAGAAAGAGGAAUGUCGUUUCUGCAUAAGCAUCAACACCACUUGGUGUGCUGGCUACUGCUACACCAGGGAUCUGGUGUAUAAGGACCCAGCCAGGCCCAACAUCCAGAAAACAUGUACCUUCAAGGAAGUGGUAUAUGAGACAGUGAGAGUGCCCGGCUGUGCUCACCACGCAGACUCCUUGUAUACAUACCCAGUGGCCACCCAGUGUCACUGUGGCAAGUGUGACAGCGACAGCACUGACUGUACCAUGCGAGGCCUGGGGCCCAGCUACUGCUCCUUCAGUGAAAUGAAAGAAUAAAGAACAGUGGACAUUUCUGGCCACAUAUCCUUGUCCUGAGGGACCAAGAUAUUCAAAAAGUCUAUGUGUGUGCAAUGUGCCCAGGG